AGGACCCGGGAGGCGCGGUGCUGGGUAAGAGCACGGACACAGGAGCUGGCUUAGUGGGUACGGGCUGGUUAUGGCUCCGGUCUGGCUGUAGCAGUCGCGGCGGCAGCGGGAUGGUGGCGGCUCCGGGUGCGGAGAUAUAACGCUGGAGCAGCGGCUGGUGCGAACAGGAGACUCCGGGGCUGGAGGGGGACGAGGAGUCUUUGCCUAAAUGGGUCCAGUCAUGCCUCCCAGUAAGAAGCCAGAGGGCACGGGGAUCAGCAUCUCCAGCCAGUGUUACAGGAGUGGCACGUUAUCCAGCCCCCUUCAAGAUGACGACGACUUGGACUUCCCACCGCCCGCUGUGAAAAUCACUAGAGAGAAAGGUGCCGUGGAGGACGAGGAACUGACCAAUUUGAACUGGCUGCACGAAAACAAAAACUUGCUGAAAAGUUUUGGGGACACUGUAUUACGGAGCGUCAGUCCUGUCCAGGACGUUGAUGACGACACCCCACCCUCUCCCGCACAGUCCGACAUGCCCUAUGAUGCCAAGCAGAACCCCAACUGCAAACCCCCUUACUCCUUCAGCUGCCUCAUAUUUAUGGCUAUCGAGGAUUCGCCAACCAAGAGACUGCCAGUAAAGGAUAUAUAUAAUUGGAUCCUGGAACACUUUCCUUACUUUGCCAACGCGCCUACGGGCUGGAAGAACUCUGUCAGACACAAUCUGUCCUUGAAUAAGUGUUUCAAGAAAGUGGAUAAGGAUAGAAGUCAGAGUAUCGGGAAGGGAUCCUUGUGGUGCAUAGACCCGGAAUACCGACAGAACCUGAUUCAAGCCUUGAAAAAGACCCCCUACCACCCAUACUCCCAUGUAUUCAACACCCCCCCCACCUCUCCUCAGGCAUAUCAAAGCACAUCAGUUCCACCCCUGUGGCCUGGAAGCAGCUUUUUCAAGAAGAAUGGAGCUUUGCUGCAAGAUCCCGACAUUGCUGCCGCGGCCGCCAUGAUGCUAUUGAAUUCUCCCCAUGAUUUACACGCAGGUUUUCCUCCUGGAGUCAUACAGAAUGGAGCGCGUGUACUCAGCAGAGGGAUCUUCCAGGGCGUCAGACCUUUACCAAUCAAUCCUAUCGGAAGCAUGGCUGCUGCAGUAAGGAAUGGGAUAGCGAAUUGCCGAAUGAGGACCGAGAGCGAGCCAUCCUGCGGUUCUCCAGUAGUCAGCAGUGACCCCAAAGAGGACCACAAUUACAGCAGCGCCAAAUCCACCAAUAAACGGAGCUCGUCCCCCGCCAGUGACUCCGUCUCCUCCUCCUCUGCCGAUGACCAUUUCGAGUUCGCAGCCAAAGUCUGCCGGGACGGCAGCGACUUCAGCUUCCAGAGCCACGAGAGUUACAGCGAGACGGAGGAGGAGGACAAGAAACAGGCCAAGAAGGAUGCCAAGGAUUCCCUGGGGGACAGCGGCUACUCGUCGCAACACAAGAAAAAACAGCACUUGCUGAAAGUGCGACGGAUCCCCAGCGACGCCCUGCCGCUGAAAAAGAGACGCACAGAAAAGCCGCCUGAAAGCGAUGAUGAGGAGAUGAAAGAGGCGGCCGGGUCCCUCUUGCACUUGGCAGGGAUCCGCUCUUGUUUGAAUAACAUCACCAAUCGGACGGCUAAAGGGCAGAAGGACAAAGAAACUGCUAAAAAUUAGAGGAAAUUAUUCAAUUCUUUGAACUUUUGAAACAGUUUCUUUCCGCACGUCAGGUGAAUUCUAAUGAUUUUGUGGCAAUAUCAACAAUUUUCUUUUUUCCCCUUUUUUAAUAUAAUUUUAUUUUAUUUUUUCUAUUUUUUGGGGGGAUGGGGGGAACCCUUAAAGUGUUUAUUUUUUAAAGGAUAUUGAAGCCAUAGAACUCAGCCAAUUUGCAAAUGCUUUUUCAUUUACCGAAGGAAAAAAAAAAUCAGAAGCCAAAAUCAAGGUGGCGCUCGCCAAGCACCCGGGCAGGGAUUGUAAUCCGCCAGUGGCAACGGCACGAUCCUACGCCGAAAAUUAGAGGCCCCCGCCCACUAAAAGUCAGGGGGACGGGGACGGUUUCAAAACAGAAAAGAAGUUGCAGCCUUUAUUAAGUCCUGUACAAAAAAUGACUAAUUUGGUACAAUGUACUGUACUACAGAUACAGUAACGGAGAGUAGAAGCCAAGCACUGAGUAUACUGUGCUAAACAUCACACAGUAUACACUCUACAACAUCUUCACCUCUACCAUGCCAUGGAAUGGAGUGCUGCUGCAGAGUUUCCUGUACAAUCCUGAUUUCUUCUGGAAAUAAACCCAUUGGUCAGCAAUGAAGUCCAGGACUCCCCCCAACGAGACAGCGAUACAAAACUACUUCUGUCGUUCAGCUGCCGGAUUGGACCAGAUGGAUGGGUCUUGCAACUGGCCAGCAAGGCGAGGGUUCCACCAUCCUGGAUCAUUUCCAGGAUAGGCUGCAAGUGCCGCAGGAACUGCCUCAGUAUUACGCUGUUCGGAAGCAUAUUAUUGCCUGGAUGAAGCAAAGCCGCUCACCGCGCAGGCACUGAGGGGAUUUACCAUCCAAUGUCACACAGUGAUGCAUGGGUUCUCAUACAAAUAAGGUUUUUGGGGCUUAUUUUUUUAUUUUUUAAAUCAAAGACAAAACAGCAGUUCUUGUACGGUAAAUAAUGUAUUUAGCAUGACGCAUGAAUUAUUUUCAUAUAAAUAGAGAAAAUAGAGAAAAAAGGCAACACCUCUAAUUUUUAGGCCACGGGCCUUGGACUUCAUUUCCCCCUUUUUUUUUUUGCGUUCUGCUUUUAUUUCAUUUUUGAUUUUCUUUUUUCUCCUUUGUGGAAGCAGGUUUCUAAGGUCUAGCCUUCUUCAGGGAAAUACAUUGACUGUUGGGGAACUUUCUCUGCAAUAUUCUAAUAAUUACAAUUGUCAUUCUCUGGUAGGGCCUGGAUGGUUGAACUUAAACUGCCUUGUCUGCACAUUCAGCCCCCCACGCCCCUACUGUGCUUCUCUGUUUAUAUAUAAUGUCUUUCUCCUUUCUGUCUACAUGGAUAACACGAGGCAAUAAUUUGUUGGCAAACGGAGUAGUGACUGUGGCUGCUGGGGUGUUCUGGCUCCAGAGAGCCCCACCUGCUGGGUGACCACUGCCCCGGGGCAACUUCCGUGGCGCAUCGUCUAGAGUCGGGCCUAGCUGUGUGUGAUUUGUGGGUGCACGGUGCUUGAAAUAGAACAUUUGAUGACGUGAAUUAUGUUUACCUUCGGUGCAGUCCCAUCCCCCGUCUGACUAUAAUGCCCGCUUCCAUUUUGUAUUGUGUCUGUGACCCCCAGAUUAUUUUUUUCCCCGGUUUCCUAUUUCAGUGUUUAAUGACUUGCUAUGGAUCGUGAUGAUGAAUUCCAUGUGCGAAACAUUAGAGUGGAAUUUAAAAAAAUAUAUAUAUUUUUCUAUAAAACUCGAGUCCAUCUAAGGACAUACACCGAUAAUUGUAUUUACCUGUAUACGUAACGUAAAGGGGCCCUCCAACCCCGGAGGGGCCCGUCAUCAUGAAAGUGCGUUUGGGGGGUCCUUGUUUCCGCUGCCGUAGAUAGGACAGAUUUCUGCAGACCUGGGCUUAUUUCUUGUCGUAUCCACAUGUAACUAAACGCAUCCCUGGAGAGGGCGGACAGCUUUAUGUUACCCCUGCCGCGUCCCGCUACAACCGUCAGAUUCUCCUGCCCACGUAGUCCGUUCACCAGGAAGAUCUAUACGUUACCUAAGACCUGUGCUGUGAGUGCAAGGCCUCAGACACUGUAGUACUGUAUGCCACACACACGCUUUCUACACUUUCAUUCUUUAAGUAAAACAUAAAGGCAUAGAGCUUGAAUCUUAUGGCAGUGCCUCUGCAGCCACGCGAUAGGUGCAGACACUGCCAGCUGUAGUUUUUGGCCAAAGACUCAGAGCUUGUAAGAGCAUCAGCUGAUGCACAUACAGAUGUGUGCUCAUACAUAGUUGCUGCGGUCACGCCAAACAGAACUCCUCAGCACGCCAUGUGUCAGGUGUCUUUUAUGCUGAAAAUGCGUCUUAGACACAAUGCAACUAGGACGCACCAGGAGACUGCGCUGAGAGAUGUGAUAUGUGACAUCUGUAUACUGUGUGACUGAGUCUGUACAGGAAGUGCUACAAUGUAGCAUCCGCAGCUUUUUUCCAAUACAAGUUGUGUUCUGCUCCGUAUACAGACUCAGUCACACACAGUAUACAAGUGUCCUAUAUACCAUUACUCAGCGCAGUCUCUUGGUGCGUCCUAGUCACAUUGUGCUCCGUAUACAGCCUCAGUCACACACAGUAUACAGUUGUCACAUUACUCACCGCAGUCUCCUGGUGCGUCCUAGUCUGUUUGGCAGCCGUGCGUGGCACUACUGUCUGAUUCUCGCUGUGAUACUGGUGCUAUUAGUGUCUAUAGCUCAUUUAGCAGUAGUUCUUGACUUAACGCUAGCAAACGGCUUCCAGCGUGUAUUUGAAACUUUUAGAUCAUAAAAAUAAAUUUGAGUCCCCCUUCUGACAAUGAAAUCUACCUUACUCCCCUCCCCUUGCUCUAUGCUCUCUGAGUCUCGGGAAAUCUCCCUGCGUGGCUGGUGUAGGGCUGGUUCUGCCUGCACUGCUGCAGUGAUACAUGGGGCACUUAGGACACUUCCACCCAGCCCUGUCUUACAGCUGCCUGGGGUCACACUGCAAUGUGCCACUCGCCCACUCUAGCCACUUCAAACACUUUAUUUUCACAUCUAUAUCAUUUUAUGUUAAUAGUGUUUUUGUUGCACUGGUUCUCUACAAGCUGCCCAUAGCACAGGGGGGAGCCAGUGGCAACUGUAAGCAUGCUAUGUGCCAAUUGCUGGGCAGCCGGCCCUCAGGCACAUGCACACUGCCACGUGUUGUGUCACUGCCGUUAGGACGCAGGUUAGUGUUACUAUACACAAUUGCUUUGAUAUAACAGAAUGAAGCCACUUAUCUGUUAAUAGUGAUACGCUGUUGUGUGAUGUUAUAGAGGUCGGGGGAGCGAGUUCUUCUGUGUCUGAUCACUGAGCUCCCGCAGGCGUUGCACCAGAGAACAAGGCUCACGUGUUACAUAGUAAUAAGCCCUGGUGGCCUCUCUCCAUUUUCCCUGUAAUAAAUAAAUAAUGAACCUGAGGGUAAAUGUCCUCUCCCCAAACUAGCCAUGACCCCACGUGUUGUGUUACAAUGGUAGACUAUUGGGUGUAAUGUUUUUGUUGGGUGUUUUCUCCUGGCAGAGAGCAGCCGCUAAGCCCACUUUACAGGGGAGGGGGCGCUGUCUACUUCAUAUUGUGUGUGACUGCGGGCACUGCGUCGUCUUAGGGUGCCAAACUGCCCACAACCCCUCUGCUAUCAGUACAUAGCUAUAUUUGUGCAAAAGCAGAUGCAUCACAAAAUGGCAUUUGCACUUUUAUUGGUUGGUGGUGACCAGGAGAUGUGUGUGUGCGAUCCGCACCCCGCCUCGGCGUCUGUCAGUGCCACUGUGUGAUAAGCAUAUGGGGGGGGGGGGGGACGGACGGACGGACAAGUUAUAGAAUGAAGCGAUCUGUGCCAAUUGUAUUCCUCUGCCACAAGCACUGCCGCCUGCAUGAGCGUCUGUCCCGCCUCUCCUGUAUUGUGCGGCUCCCUGGCAUCAGGUGCCCUUUACAUUUUCAUUUACAUAUAUUUUUCUAGAAACAUAAUGCAAUUCACUGCCAAAACCCAGCUCGUUCCCCUCACCCCGUCUGCUCGCCAGCGCUCCGUGGCGGAAAGCGUCAGUUGUGUCAGUGUCGCAUUGCCUGUCGCUGUAGCAGAUUACACCCCAGCCUCACUCACUACAUCACGUUUUUCUGAUAUUAAUAUUGUGUAUGUCUGUACGGGAAGCAUUUUACACUUGUAGAUUUUUAUUUUAUGGACUUUGUAACAUUUCUAAGAUUUUUUUUAUUAUUAUUUUAUUAAGUGAUAAAGCAAUCAAAAAAAAAAGUUUGAUAUGGUUAACCUGUGCACUGCCAGAGCGCCCUGCGUUGCAUGGUAAGCUGUCCCUGCAGUAUAACAGGGUGGUUGGUUCAUCGCCCUCCUGUGGAGGAUCCGGAGUGCUGCAUGCAGCAUAUUGCACUGCAGUUAGCUUCAGGACCCUCUGGAGCAGUGGAAGGAUUAACAGGGGAUUUAUAGAGGUGUCUGCAUUCAUCUGGCCAACAAACCAGGAGAGUGCAGUGGAAAAAAAAUGCAAUAUUUCUUUUCUGUAGGUGUGUGUAGCUGCUGGAGAACUGCGAAUGAGAAGGAGCGCCGCGCUGCACUCUCUGUUCAGGUAAACGAGCAGACGGAAAGCGAGUGCGGUCGCUGACUAAGUACAAAGUUGAUUUAAAUGCAUACUUUUCUGCAUUUCACAUUUUCUUGAUGUGUAAUCAUAUUGCCAAAGAACCAAUUUCAUCAAUUAAUGUAAAUAACACUUCCCCAAAAUCUACCAUAACGUUUCUGUGAUGUAUUGUCUUCCAGUUGCAAUAAAAAUUUACUGAGUUGCAUCAA